UCAAAGAACAAACAGUCCUGUGGUGUUUAGAGUCUCCCUUAGUUACCACCAAGCCUCUGUUUGAUUUCUUGCAUGGCAACAAAACAAGGAGGGGAAGAUGAAUGGCCUCUGGAAUACACUUCGGGUAAAAGGUAGAAUUCAGCUCCUGGGUAAUUUGCUGGAAGUGUGCACAGAAGUCAACUAUCAAAUAUGCAGGAAGCAGUCCUUCUCCUGAUCCUCCUGGGUGCCAUGUCAGAGGCAGAGGCGCUACACCUAAUCCAUUUACCUGCUACAAGCAAUGUGGCAGAGAAUUCUCCACCUGAGACUUCAGUGCACAAGUUUUCUGUGAAUUUAUCAACAUCACUGUCACCUGUGAUCCCAGGGUUUCCUAUGAUAAUCAACUCAAGUCCCCUCACCGAAGCCUUCAGGGUGAACUGGCUCUCAGGAACCGACUUUGAGGUUGUUACCACUGGGAAGGAACAACUAGAUUUUGAAACAGGACCAAAGAUAUUUGAUUUGCAGAUUUACAUUAAGGAUGACGUUCGUGUCACUGACCUGCAGGUCCUAACUGUCCAGGUAACAGAUGUGAACGAGCCACCUCAGUUUCUAGGCAACUUGGCAAAAGGUCUAAGCCUCUACAUCGUGGAAGGAGCAAACCCUGGAUUCAUUUACCAGGUUGAGGCCUUCGAUCCAGAAGACACAAAUCGAAACAUACCCCUCAGCUACUUCCUGAUUUCUCCCACAAAGAGCUUCAUUAUGUCUGCUAAUGGGACCCUCUUCUCCACCACAGAAUUUGACUUUGAAGCAGGAAACAACAGUUACCAUCUCACUGUGGAAGUGAGAGACAGCCAAGGGCUCAGAGUGUCCACAUCCCUGGAGGUGAACAUUGUGAACAUCAACGAUGAAACCCCGCGCUUUACCAGUCCAACGCAAGUGUAUGUGAUUCCGGAGGAGCUGGGUCUGGGAACCAUUGUGGCCAAUAUCACAGCCGAGGACCCCGACGAUAAAGGUUCUACCAGCUUCCUCCUUUACAGCAUUACUACUGCUAACAGCUAUUUCAUGAUAAAUCAGUUGACUGGUUCUGUCCAAGUGGCCCACAGGCUGGACCGAGAUGCAGGUGAAUUAAGGCACAAUCCCACCAUUUCUCUGGAAGUUCUGGUGAAGGAUAGACCCUUCGGGGGUCAGGAGAAUCGCAUGCAGAUAACCUUCACGGUGGAAGACAUUAAUGACAACCCUGCUACUUGUACCAAGUUCACCUUCAGCAUUAUGGUGCCUGAAAGAGCAGCCAAAGGGACGUUGCUUCUGGACCUGAACAUGGUCUGCUUUGAUGAUGACAGCAAAGCACCAAACAGCCAAUUCAACUUCACUGCGCCAUCUGGAGUGGGGAGCAGCAGCAGGUUUUUACAGGAUCCAGCUGGCUCUGGGAAAAUUGUGUUGAUUGGUGAUCUAGAUUAUGAAAAUUCAAGUAAUCUAGCAGUCGGCAAUAAAUACACUGUGACAAUCCAGGUGCAGGAUGUUGCCCCUCCUUACUAUAAAAAUAAAAUCUACAUUUAUGUCCUAACAAGCCCAGAAAAUGAGUUUCCUCUUGUUUUUGAUCAGCCAUCCUACAUGUUUGACUUGUCAGAAUUAAGCCCAGCUAAAACCCGGAUUGGACAGGUGCGUGCCACUGAUAAAGACUUCCCCCAGAGCAGCAUCGUGUACUCCAUCUCCAGUGGAGGGGCCAGCCUCCAGCACCCAAACAUAUUUUGGAUUAAUCCCAAAACUGGAGAACUCCAGCUGGUGACUAAAGUGGACUACGAAACAACCCCCAUCUACAUUCUCGUAAUCCAGGCCACCAACAGCGAGGACACAAGCUCAGUCACUGUUACUGUAAACAUCCUGGAAAAAAAUGAUGAAAAGCCAGUUUGUAUCCCAAACUCUUAUUUCCUGGCCAUCCCAGUGGAUUUGAAAGUUGGCACAAAUAUUCAAAAUUUCAAGCUGCAAUGUACUGAUCGUGAUUCCAGCCCCAAGUCUUUUCGUUACUCCAUUGGCCCAGGCAACGUCAACAGUCAUUUCACCUUCUCUCCCAAUGCUGGGUCCAACGUUACACGUCUGCUCCUUGCAACUCCCUUUGACUAUAUUGGUGGGCUUGAUAAGAUCUGGGACUACAAACUACUCAUCUACAUAACUGAUGACAACUUGCUGUCUGGCAGGAAGAAAGCUGAGGCGCUUGUUGAAACAGGGACAGUGACAUUAACUAUUAGUGUCACUCCUCACCCAACCACGAUUGUCACAACCCCCAGGCCCAAGAUCAUCUACCAGAUCCUGAGGAGAAAUGUUUAUUCUCCAUCAGCAUGGUAUGUGCCUUUUGUCAUCACUUUGGGCUCCAUAUUGCUUCUGGGUCUCCUGGUGUACCUGAUCGUCCUGUUGGCCAAAGCCAUCUACAGACACUGUCCCUGCAAGACUGGGAAGCACAAGGAACCUCUGUAAGUUGCCAGUGGGCUGAGCCCUGCCACCACUUCCUUUAGGGCACUGUUUCCAGAAGCAAUCCAGAUGAACACUGUUUUUGAUGGAGAAGCCAUAGACACAGUUACUGGAGCAAGAUAUGAAUUCAACUCAAAAACUGGAGCCAGAAAGUGGAAAGAUCCCUUAACACAAAUACCAAAGUGGGAAGUAUCCAGGCCCCAGGGAGCUGCUCAGAGCAGAGAUGUCUCUGCAGCAGGGACUGGACCACCGAGAAGCAUCACCAAGGAAGGAGAUGGGCUGAGUGGCAAAGCACAGGCUGAGGCUGCAGGCUCUAGUGCCAGAAACCAGCCUGGCAAGCUGGGUACCUCAAAGGACCGAAACCCAGCCCUCACAAGCAGGUCUUCCCCUAAACCUCACCCAGGAAAGUAAGCAGUCUAGGUGCUGGUCCCACAGCAGAGCACAGGGGAGGGGACUUGACUGUCUGAGGGUCUCUACCUCACCCUAAAUUCCAUGAGGGCAUAUGAGGUGCCAUAUGAGUGUAAAUGUGACCUGAAGGGACUUGGAGAUCCAGGGUCCCAAAUGGGAUGUUUAAAACAACAGAAAGGGGUUUGAUUGCAUAGUUACCUUUUUUCUGACACGGUACAGGUGAAAUUUUUCUCAGGUCUCUGUGCUUCUGAUCAGCUGGACUAUUAACUUUUGUUUGAAGAAGCGUUGUGUUUCUUCGUCUGUUGACUGCUAGGAAGUUCCAUUCAGUUCCCCCCAGGAAGUGCACAGGACUUCCUGACAUAAAUGCUAAGGACUACCCUCAUUUCUGAUUUCACCUUAUUUUGCUGCCCUCAUUUCAGUAUCACUCAGAUUUCUUCACCUAUACAGUUCAACACCAUACCCCUUUGUAAGUCACCUCAAAUUUUUUCAAAAGAAGCAGAGCAGUGAAAACAAUGGCCAAAUAAUGAGUCAUUCAACUGGGGAGAGAAAAACAAUAGACACCUUUUAUUCUUUGUUUAUCAAGGUAUAACUUAUAUUUAAUAAAGUGCAUGGAUCUAAGGUGUUCAGCUCAGUAAUUGACUCCUCCCAGAGGCAACCACUCUUCUGAUCUUUAUCAUCAUAGCUUAGUUUUGCUGUUUUGAAUUUUGUAUAAAUGCAAUUACACAGAAUGUGCUGUUUGGUGUCUGGUUUAUUUUGCACAGCUCAUGCCUGUGGGGCUAAGUUUAACACAGGAAAAAUGGCACCCACCUGCCAGCUGCACAGCAGAAGGGCUCCACACAGGGAAAAUGGGGACUGUCCCUCCAGUCCUCACCAUAUGUCUCUGACACCCCCAGAAUCAUUAUCCCUCCGCUGGAUCCCAGGGUGAGGGCCUGUGUGAGCCCUUUAAAAGGAUGUCUAGCUUUCCCAAAGCCUUCUGUCCCACCCAGAUGGUCAGAAUCCCCAUUUUUUUCUCAGCUAGAAGUUGUGGGGGCUCCUAUUCCCGGCAGCAGUACUCCAGGCUGAAGAGCUUGGAGUGGGGGGCUGGGGUCCCUCAUUCCUUCAUGGGGAACCUCUGUGGCCAAGAUAUCUCUCCCAAUUUUCAACAGCCACACAUGGGUGUGAGAUCAGCCCAUUUCGUGUCUUGACCCCUCCUACCAGUCUCGAUGUGGCUUCUUCUUUAUAUCCUUAGUUAUAAAACUGCUGUUCAGCUAGACUUCAGAUGGUUCUCCAGGUUGGUUGUUCUUAGUUGUAAUUUCGAUGUGUUCACGGGAUGAGGCAAGCACAACGUUUAUCUACUUCGCCAUCUUGGAUCUCCUCUCAGUCACUCUAUUUUCUUAAAGCUGAAAAACAGCCACCUUACAGCCUCUCUGCCCUGCUCCUCCUGCGAUUGGAGGGAACCACUAGACUCAGAGUGAGAUCACAAUGGGAAGCUCUGGUUAACCCUACAACUGGGACUUUCACCUGUGGAUGAAAGCAAUGAACUGAAAAUUGGAUAGGAAAUAGAAGUUUUCAGCGUGUGCCUGGUAGAGGUUGAGCAAUCCUCGUUCUACCUCCAUGUCCUACUCCUUAACUGCUGAGGCACUGGUUCAAACCCACCAGAUAAGACCAGAGGAGUGUCUGUUAGGGCAGCACCCCCUCUCAGUUGGGGAGCCAGGUAAGAAUUCCCCACAGGAUCCAUCCUGCAAAUGCAGAACUUCAAAGGGAGCAGCUGCUAGUUUAUUGUGUGCCUGUUCACCAGUGUGACUUCUCAAGAAAAAGAAACAUUUAAAAAAUGCCCUGUCCUGGCCUAGAGCAGGCAUGAUUUAUUAAUAAGGGUUGGUUGCCAGGGAACUCCCUUGAAUAGGUUUAAAUUUUGCAAAAAAGACAGAGCUGUUCAUUUGUGGAGGUUAAAGUGGGUGAAGUGGCUGAUUACCCAUUUAAGACUCUGCAAGUCUGUGGAGAUCCGAGUAAAACGCCUUCUCAGAAGCUCUCAGCCUCAAUGCAAGCAAAAUGAGGCUCAAAGAAGGCUGAAGGGAGACCUAAUAACUGUUUAUGAGCCCAUUAAGGUUGAUUAAAAGGAGGGCAGUGAGCAGCUGUUCUCCCUUCUCCAAUGAUGACAGGGUGAGAGGGAAUUGUGCUUCUCAGCCAGAAGAGAUUGAAGUCAGGAAUAGGAGGGUCUUCCUGAAGGCUGGGGUCUGCUGAAUAGCUCACUUUCUUCCCUGGUGAUAGGCAGGAGAACUGCUCAUCUUCCCAGCCCCAAGAUGUGAACCCUGAGGAAUCCAAGACAUGGGUUCAGGAGUGGCAGCAGGAGGCUUCGGCCAAGAGAAACUCUGUCUUUUCUUUUGCACAUUUGGCUAUUUUAUUAGAAGAAUUUAGAAGUCUGAGGUCCAGGUUUGAGGCUAUUGGUUUCAAACAUUUACCAAGUUUGAAAAAAAAAGAAAAAGUUAUCUGAAUGAAAUGAAGCCAGGGACCACGGUGGAGCUUGUGAAAGUUUUCUCUCAUUUCUCUCCCAAGGCCUUAAACACAUAUGAAUGUAUUGUAGCUAAUGUUGACCUGCCUGAUUCUGAGUCAUUAUAAAAUUGGGACAACAACGUUCAGGGAUUAAACCAUGGAGGAAUCCAUAAUUGUUGAGGGAUUUGAAACCCUGCAGUGAGUUCUCAAGCCUGCGCUUUCCCUUGUGCUCAGUACGAGGCAGGCCCUGCACCCCCGUCUGCCUGUUAAAAGCAUGUGUGGCUCAGUAACAGAAACUGGGCAAUAACACUUUCGCUCCUCAGAGCAUUCUUUCUCAUCUCUAAUUCUAUCAUUUGCCUUUUUAUACGGUUUUGUGAUGGCUGAGAAAAUUAAAGCAACAAAAUUAGUGAAUAUAGAAAAUGAUCACUAUUUAAACUUGGCAUUGCUCAUUGCAAACUAACUGUGUG